AUGGGCAACAAACCCCCCAAUUUCUCCAACUCCGACAACCCGGCCGCCGAUUCCCCCUCCCUCCUCACCAGGACGCUCACCUUCUUCUACCUGCCCUCCGUCAACACGUGGCUCCUCCUCUGUCCGGACACGCUCAGUUUCGACUGGUCCAUGGACGCCCUGCCGCUGGUCAGGAGCCUCGCCGACUGGCGGAACGUGCAGACGGUCGCUUUCUAUGCGGGAUUGCUGUCGCUGGCCUGGUUUGGUCUGUGGACGCAUCAGCAGGCCAAGUGCAAGGAGACCAACGGCAAAACGAAUCACAUCACCAACGGCAGGAACGGCAACAGCAACGGACACAGCUACCAAUGCGAUGACCAGGAACAAACCAACAACUCCAGCACAGAGCUUCACACGAGUAAUGCACAAAACGGUACCAAAAAGCAUUACGAAAUGAGGACUCCACUGCCCACCACUGAAAAUGUUGUGGUUUUCUCGGUAGGCCUGUUGGCCAUCCCCUUCCUCCCUGCCACCAACCUGUUUUUCUACGUGGGGUUUGUGGUGGCAGAGAGAGUUCUGUACAUCCCCAGCAUGGGCUUCUGCUUGCUAGUGACUGUGGGGAUAAGGUCCCUGUACGUCCGUCUGCGUCGCAGGUCCUCCAGGACGGUACUGCUGUACUUCAGUGCAGCCCUGGUCCUGCUGUUUGGAGCUAAAACCAUCCUGAGAAACCAGGACUGGCGGAACGAGGAGAUGCUCUACAAGUCAGGGAUUUAUGUCAAUCCUGCUAAAGCGUGGGGCAACCUUGGGAACGUCCUGAAAAACCAGGGGAAGAUGGAGGAGGCUGAGCAGGCAUACAGAAACGCCCUGUAUUACCGCAGGAACAUGGCUGAUAUGCUGUACAACCUCGGUUUGCUGCUACAAGAGAAUAACAAGUUCUCAGAGGCGCUCCACUACUACAAGCUGGCUAUUGGGAGCAGGCCAACUCUAGCGUCGGCUUACUUGAACACGGGCAUCAUUCUGAUGAACCAGGGUCGCCUGGAUGAAGCCAAGCGCACUUUUCUAACCUGUGCCGACAUACCCGACGAAAACCUGAAGGACCCCCACGCCCACAAAAGCUCCGUCACCAGCUGUCUGUACAACCUGGGCAAACUACUACACGAGCAGGGACACCAGGAGGAGGCCCUCUCCGUGUAUAAAGAAGCAAUACAGAAAAUGCCAAGACAAUUUGCACCUCAGAGCCUGUACAACAUGAUGGGAGAGGCCUACAUGAGACUUAACAAGCUGGCCGAGGCUGAGCACUGGUACCGAGAGUCCCUGAGAGCCAAACCAGACCACAUCCCAGCGCAUCUAACUUAUGGCAAACUCUUGGCCAUGACAGGUCAGAAGACAGAAGCUGAGAGGUACUUUCUGAAAGCCAUUCAGCUCGAUCCCCUGAAAGGCAACUGUUACAUGCAUUAUGGUCAGUUUUUAUUGGAAGAGUCUCGACUGCUGGAAGCUGCAGAGAUGGCGGAGAAAGCCGCCCGCCUUGACAGUGGGGAGUUUGAUGUGGUCUUCAGCGCUGCCCACAUGCUCAGACAAGCCAGCCUAAAUGAAGCAGCCGAGAAGUACUACGGACAAGCGGCAAGCCUGAGACCCAACUAUCCUGCAGCUCUGAUGAACCUGGGGGCAAUCCUGCACCUCAACGGGAAACUGCAAGAAGCAGAAGCCAAUUACCUUAGAGCGCUGCAGCUGAAACCAGACGACGCUAUCACCCAGUCCAACUUGCGCAAGCUGUGGAACAUCAUGGAGAAACAGGGCCUGAGGACCAUGGGGCCCUAACCCACCUGCCUGUCUGCCAUCUGUGCACCAGAUCUGGGGGAAAGGACAGGCCCGAGCGCCUUCUUUGCUCUCCGCUAUUCGUGGAGCAAUGGAAAAAGAAUCAAGGGAGAGGUUUGCUCAGUAGAGCCAUUACUUGACCUUACAUGCCUCCUGAUGAACCCCGAGUUCCUCACCUCAAAGCCAGAAGAUUUAUCUCCGAGGAGUUUUUCACAGUUUGGUGACACUAUGUAAUGUUUGGACUCACUAGAACUUUUAUCCGAAAUGAAUGGUCUCACAGGAUCCGUGUUUUUCUUCUGUUUUAUUUUUCAUUUGACUUUACUAGAGCACUUAAACUUGAAGCCAGGCCAUAGAUACUUCCUUGAACUCUUGGCAAAUUAGGUUUUGGACAUAAAAGAUAUAGAGAGGCAUUUAAGGUCUUUCUGGGUGAAAUUAGUUUUGGGGCAGUGCAAAAUUAAAAAUACUGAGAGGAAAAACACACCCAGAGCACUCUUCUGAGAGUAUAUUCCCUGGCCACUCAACCACGUUGUUAUGAAAAAAUGUUUUUUCCUGGUAAU